AUGGCUGUGGAGGCAUGGCCACCUGACCCAACUUAUGGUUUUAUCUCCCUCCCUCUCAACAACUCCAACUUUGACAUCCAGAAGCCAUAUGACUUGCCUGUAAGCGAGCGAUACAGCUUCAUCAAUGGUAUCCACAAGCUCUGGGUCCUGUCCACCGACAAGCCCCACUCCCUGAUGAGCCACACUGCUCCUCGCACUGAGAUUCGGAUACAACAAAAAUAUUAUUUGCACCAGUAUAAUACUAAACCAUUUCAGAUGGAGCUGCUGUAUCCAAGACUUGCUAAUCUGAUCAUAUUCUUGAUUAUUUUUCUCUCCAAGGGUUAUGACUACUCUUCUGGAGUUUGGCAAUUUGAAGGCCGGGCAUGCUUAUGUCCCAAGCGGAACAUCCGGUGUGUGCAUCAUGCAAGUUUUUGGAGCAAAUCGGACGGCUACAACUCUAAUGCUGAGAGUCUACAAUGGUGCACUCAUCUGGUUAAGGUUUUCAUCGAUGGGGCGCUGAAGUUAGUCGUGAAUGACCGUGGAGGGGCCUCGCAUUACUUCAAGUAUGGUGUCUACGCCCAGAAUGACAGCUCCUACUUCAUGGAAUCCCAAUGGAAGCAUAUCAAAGUCCUGAAGUUACCUGAUUGA